CCGGCUCCGUCGCCUGGCAACCAGCGCUGGGCGGGAGAGGAGGAGGAGGAGGAGGCGGUGAGGGGCUGGGGCGCCGCCAUCUUAGUUGGCUUGGCAGCGGCGGGAGGAGAAGAAGGUUUUCCUCACCUGAGGCCUCGCUCUUCUCCUUGAGGAAGGCAGGGAGCGAAGAAGGAAGGAAGGAAGGAAGGAAGGGGGCCUUGGCCUGGUCCCGUUGGGGGUCGGUUGGGGGGCCACCGCCGGAGGAGGAGGAGGAGGCCCGGCCUGCAGAGAUGCUGCUCUCCCCGCUGGCCCCCGCCUGGCUCCUGGCCACCCUGCUCUGCGGAGGAGCCCCGUCAUCCGCCAUCGCCACGCGAGUCAACAAGCACAAACCAUGGAUUGAAACGACGUACCACGGUAUAGUUACCGAAAACGACAACAUAGUCCUGCUGGAUCCCCCCUUGAUAGCACUGGACAAGGAUGCGCCUCUGCGUUUUGCAGAGAGUUUUGAGGUGACAGUCACCAAAGAAGGUGAGAUUUGUGGAUUUAAGAUCCACGGGCAAAAUGUCCCCUUUGAGGCCGUGGUGGUGGACAAGUCCACAGGCGAAGGGAUGAUCCGAUCCAAAGAAAAGCUGGACUGCGAGCUGCAGAAAGACUACACCUUCACCAUCCAAGCCUACGACUGCGGAAAAGGGCCAGAUGGAGCCAACAUGAAGAAAUCCCACAAAGCAACAGUGCACAUCCAGGUGAACGAUGUCAAUGAGUACGCGCCUGUCUUCAAGGAGAAGUCCUACAAGGCCACGGUGAUUGAAGGCAAGAGGUACGACAACGUCCUGAAAGUGGAAGCCGUGGACGCUGACUGUUCCCCUCAGUUCAGCCAGAUCUGCAGCUAUGAAAUCGUCACACCGGACGUGCCCUUUACUAUCGACAAAGAUGGUUACAUUAAAAACUCGGAGAAACUCAACUACGGGAAGGAACACCAAUAUAAGCUGACAGUGACAGCCUACGACUGCGGGAAGAAAAGAGCGACAGAGGAUGUGCUGGUGAAAAUCACUAUUAAGCCAACAUGCAAGCCCGGCUGGCAAGGAUGGAGCAAAAGGAUGGAAUAUGAACCCGGGACUGGUGCUCUCGCUCUCUUCCCUAACAUCCAUUUGGAGACGUGUGAUGAGCCCAUCACUUCCAUAGAAGCCACCAUUGAGCUGGAAACCAACCACAUUGGCAAGGGUUGCGACCGAGACACAUACUCUGAGAAAUCUCUGCAUAGGCUCUGCGGUGCUUCCUCCGACACGGCCGAGCUGCUUCCGCCUCCCAGCAACACGGCCAACUGGACGGUCGGCCUCCCGACGGACAACGGCCACGACAGUGACCAGGUCUUUGAAUUCAAUGGCACCCAAGCCGUGAAGAUCCCCGAUAAUGUGGUCUCCAUCAACAUGAAGGAGCCCUUUGUGAUCUCCGUGUGGAUGAGGCACGGGCCCGGAAGCCGGGAGAAAGAGGCCAUCCUCUGCAGCUCAGACAAGACAGAUAUGAACCGGCACCACUAUUCUCUCUAUGUCCACAACUGCCGGCUUGGAUUCCUCUUCCGCCAAGACCCCUCUGAAGGACAGAGUUACAAACCAGCAGAGUUCCACUGGAAACUGAACCAGGUGUGUGAUAAGGAAUGGCACCACUACAUCCUCAACGUAGAGUUUCCAGCUGUCACGCUGUACGUCGAUGGGGUUUCUUUCGAUCCUUUCCCCGUGACGGAAGACUACCCGCUGCAUCCUUCCAAAAUAGAAUCCCAGCUGGUGGUUGGCGCUUGCUGGCAAGAAUAUACAGGAAAUGAGAAUGACACAGAAAAGGCCACCGAGACCCCUGCAGGUGGCGAACUCCGCAUGGCCCAGUACUUCCGAGGCAACCUGGCUGGUUUAAUGAUCCGCUCCGGAAAGCUGGAGAACAAGAAGGUGAUCGACUGCCUGUACACCUGCAAAGAGGGGCUGGAUCUGCACGUGGCAGAUGGCGCUGGCAAGGGCCUGAAGGUCCACAUGAAUCCGAGCCAGUCGGCCGUGACUCUGGAAGGAGACGACUUUGAUCGCUUCGACAAGGCCAUGCAGCACAUCUCCUACCUGAACUCGCGCCAGUUUCCGACUCCCGGCAUCCGCAGGAUCAAAAUCACCAGCACCGCAAAAUGUUCCAGCGACGAGGCCUGCAUUGCCAUUCCCUUCGUCGACGGCUACGUCAUGGUCUUGCAGCCCGAAGAGCCCAAGAUCAGCCUGAGCGGCAUCAACCACUUUGCCCGGUCGGCUUCGGAGUUUGAGAGCCCUGAAGGUGUUUCCCUUUUCCCUGAGCUUCGCAUCAUCAGCACCAUCACGCGGGAGGUUGAGCCGGAGGGCGAUGGCGAUGAGGAUCCCACAGUCCAAGAAUCCUUGGUAUCUGAGGAGAUCAUGCACAAUUUGGACACCUGCGAGGUCACGGUGAUGGGAGAGGAGUUGAACCAGGAGCAGGAGAGCUUGGAGGUGGACGUGGUGCGCCUGCAGCAGAAGGGCAUGGAGAUGAGCAGCUCCAACCUCGGCCUCAUCAUCACAGGGGUCGAUACCAUGGCCAGCUAUGAAGAGGUUUUGCAUUUGAUCCGCUACCGCAACUGGCACACCAUCUCUCUGUUUGACCGCAAGUUCAAGCUGGUCUGUUCAGAGCUCAACGGGCGCUAUAUCAGCAAUGAAUUUAAGGUGGAGGUGAAUGUGAUCCACACUGCCAACCCCAUGGAACACGCCAGUCAUAUUGCAGCACAGCAGCCCCAAUUCGUCCAGCCAGUCCACCAUUCCUUUGUUGACCUUGCGGGUCACAACCUGGCAAACCCUCACCCAGGGUUCUCAGUGGUUCCCAGUACUGCCACGGUCGUGAUUGUGGUGUGCGUCAGCUUCCUGGUUUUCAUGAUCAUUCUCGGGGUUUUCCGGAUCAGAGCCGCCCACCAGCGAACGAUGCGGGAUCAGGAUUCCGGGAAAGAGAACGAGAUGGACUGGGAUGACUCUGCGUUGACCAUAACAGUUAACCCGAUGGAGACCUACGAGGACCAACAUAGUAGCGAAGAGGAGGAGGAGGAAGAGGAGGAGAGCGAGGACGGGGAGGAAGAGGACGACAUCACAAGCGCCGAGUCGGAGAGCAGCGAGGAAGAGGAAGGCGAGCAGGAGGAAGACCAGCAGAACGUGAACAGGCAGCAGCAGCUAGAAUGGGACGACUCCACGCUCACCUAUUGAUCCCAGCGCUUCUGGGCGCUCUCUCUUCCGUCUCUGUCUCCUCUCUCUUUCUUUCAUGUCGUCGUUCUUCUGUCCUAGAAGACUCCACCGCAAACCAUUGCUCUCAAGGAUCCGCUGGGGGCGGCACCCCUUGGACCACCACCAUUUCCCCCUGGCCUCACCCAUCCGCUUCUCUCUCUUUCCUGACCCCACAAUCCUCUAGGAAUCCCUCAGUUCUCCCACAGUGACUGGAUUUUGGUUGUGAGUUUUUAUUUUUAAGUUUAAUUUUCAAGGGACUGCCUUGUAUUCUCUCCUGGCGUCAUGUCGCUGAAGCGGCUUCACAGCUCUGUAGCCAUGGCACACUAAAAAAAUUAACGGCUCGUUCCCAUGCUUUCCCAGGAAAAGAAACAAUCCGUGCCGAGGUCGUUUGUUGAUCCAGGUUUAAAUUCUUUCUCUUAUUUUGUUUUUCCAUUUGGGUGCUUUGCCGGGAGAGCAGGUUUUGGCUCGUUUCAUCCCCACGCGACUUUUGAAACACAUUUUGUCCCCUCUCUCCUCCCAAACUCUAGUGCAUGUGUAAAGUGGCAGAAUGAGGUCAAUAUGUAGAAGAUUAACAAGACUUUUUAAUAUUUUGUAAAUAUAUCGGAAUUAUGUAAUUACGUCACUUGUGGUAGUGAAAAAAAAUGGGGUGGGUGGGACGCGGGAGGGAGGGAGGAAACCAUGCUAAAAACUUUUAAAAACGAAUCAUGCCGCAUGCUGUAGAGAUAAGGUUUGUUUUAUCUUUCUUUUGUUCUGUUCCUGCCGCCAAAAGCAUGGGGCAAGUUUUCAUUCGUGUAGAGAAAUGAUCCAGUGGCAUUGGACUUCGAAUGCCAUCUUUACUCUGUUGAUAGGUUUCCCCGUUUUUGUUUUUUUUUUUGUUAGUUUAUUUUGUUGAUUUAAAUGCUACUUUCAUAAAGAAAAGACCAAAAAAAAGGUGAUUUUUAAUUUUUUUUUUUUUACGAGUCUGACUUCCCUCCUUUUCUCAAGGGCCGGGUCCUUGUUUGUGUCGGUUUCGAGGAGGAUGUCUCUCGGGCACUUGAUAUGAUAUAUAAAAAUGACGAAAUUGGUUUUUAUUUUGUUUGCACAAAGAGAGGUGCCCCAGUGGCCGGGCGCUUUCUGAAUUCCACAUUCCUGUGUACGCGGGGGUCUCCGAUUGAUUGUAAUGGGGAUGAUGGAACGUGGCGGGGCGUCGUUCUUCGAAAAACUCCCAAUUUGUGGCUUGUGACUCUUGUACAAUAAUUUGGGCUUCUUUUUGUCUUUUGGGGUUGAGGGGGGUGUCAUUGUUUACACUGAAUGUCUGCAAUUAUUUUCCUCCAGCUACCUUGCGAACCUGCUUCAAGGCGCAAGGUUGAAAAGAGCGGGUUUUGGGGUUUUUUACAGGAAUUCCCCCAAAGCGCAGAAAAGCAAGUGAUGGCCCCAACAGCAUGGCAGCAACUGCUAGGCUUUUCACAGGGCAGAUUGGUUCUUUUUCCUCGCUUUUAAAGAAUAUUAAGUCAGUCGCUUCUUUGCUUAUACAGCAAAUUGGUGUUUUAUUUGCAGUGGGAGAGAUGGCCGAGGCUGUUUUGCUCCCACUUGCUGGCUGCUAACUAGAAUAAAGUUUAUUAGCGAAUUGAGGCUGGUGUGAGAGAAUUGGCUGUCUUCAAAGACGUUGCCCAGGGGAUGCCCAGAUGUGUUACCAUCCUGCUGGGAGGCUUCUCUCAUGUCCCUGCAAACUAGAGCUGACAGAUGGGAGCUCACCCGACUUGAGAACAUACUACACGUUGCUUCUGGUGUGAGAGAAUUGGCUGUCUUCAAAGACGUUGCCCAGGGGGACUCCCAGAUGUGUUACCAUCCUGCUGGGAGGCUUCUCUCAUGUUCCUGCAAACUAGAGCUGACAGAUGGGAGCUCACCUGACUUGAGAACAUACUGCAAGUUGCUUCUGGUGUGAGAGAAUUGGCUGUCUUCAAAGACGUUGCCCAGGGGGACUCCCAGAUGUGUUACCAUCCUGCUGGGAGGCUUCUCUCAUGUCCCUGCAAACUAGAGCUGACAGAUGGGAGCUCACCCGACUUGAGAACAUACUGCAAGUCGCUUCUGGUGUGAGAGAAUUGGCUGUCUUCAAAGACGUUGCCCAGGGGGAUGCCCGGAUGUGUUACUAUCCUGCUGGGAGGCUUCUCUCAUGACCCUUCAAACUAGAGCUGACAGAUGGGAGCUCACCCGACUUGAGAACAUACUGCAAGUCACUUCUGGUGUGGGAGAAUUGGCCAUCUACAAAGACAUUGCCCAGAUGUGUUACCAUCCUGCUGGGAGGCUUCUCUCAUGUCCCUGCAAACUAGAGCUGACAGAUGGGAGCUCACCCGACUUGAGAACAUACUACAAGUUGCUUCUGGUGUGAGAGAAUUGGCUGUCUUCAAAGACGUUGCCCAGGGGGACUCCCAGAUGUGUUACCAUCCUGCUGGGAGGCUUCUCUCAUGUCCCUGCAAACUAGAGCUGACAGAUGGGAGCUCACCCGACUUGAGAACAUACUGCAAGUCGCUUCUGGUGUGAGAGAAUUGGCUGUCUUCAAAGGCGUUGCCCAGGGGGAUGCCCAGAUGUGUUACCAUCGUGCUGGGAGGCUUCUCUCAUGUCCCUGCAAACCAGAGCUGACAGAUGAGAGAAUUGGCUGUCUUCAAAGACGCUGCCCAAGGGGAUGCCCAGAUGUGUUACCAUCCUGCUGGGAGGCUUCUCUCAUGUCCCUGCAAACUAGAGCUGACAGAUGGGAGCUCACCCGACUUGAGAACAUACUGCAAGUCGCUUCUGGUGUGAGAGAAUUGGCUGUCUUCAAAGGCGUUGCCCAAGGGGAUGCCCAGAUGUGUUACCAUCCUGCUGGGAGGCUUCUCUCAUGUCCCUGCAAACUAGAGCUGACAGAUGAGAGAAUUGGCUGUCUUCAAAGACGUUGCCCAGGGGGACUCCCAGAUGUGGUACCAUCCUGCUGGGAGGCUUCUCUCAUGUCCAUGCAAACCAGAGCUGACAGAUGGGAGCUCACCCGACUUGAGAACAUACUGCAAGUCACUUCUGGUGUGAAAGAAUUGGCUGUCUUCAAAGACGUUGCCCAGGGGGACUCCCAGAUGUGGUACCAUCCUGCUGGGAGGCUUCUCUCAUGUCCAUGCAAACCAGAGCUGACAGAUGGGAGCUCACCCGACUUGAGAACAUACUGCAAGUCACUUCUGGUGUGAAAGAAUUGGCUGUCUUCAAAGACGUUGCCCAGGGGGACUCCCAGAUGUGUUACCAUCCUGCUGGGAGGCUUCUCUCAUGUCCCUGCAAACUAGAGCUGACAGAUGGGAGCUCACCCGACUUGGGAACAUACUGCAAGUCGCUUCUGGUGUGAAAGAAUUGGCUGUCUUCAAAGACAUUGCCCAGGGGGACUCCCAGAUGUGUUACCAUCCUGCUGGGAGGCUUCUCUCAUGUCCCUGCAAACCAGAGCUGACAGAUGAGAGAAUUGGCUGUCUUAAAAGACGUUGCCCAGGGGGACUCCCAGAUGUGUUACCAUCCUGCUGGGAGGCUUCUCUCAUGUCCCUGCAAACUAGAGCUGACAGAUGGGAGCUCACCCGACUUGAGAACAUACUGCAAGUCACUUCUGGUGUGAAAGAAUUGGCUGUCUUCAAAGACAUUGCUCAGCGGGACUCCCAGAUGUGUUACCAUCCUGCUGGGAGGCUUCUCUCAUGUCCAUGCAAACCAGAGCUGACAGAUGGGAGCUCACCCGACUUGAGAACAUACUGCAAGUCGCUUCUGGUGUGAGAGAAUUGGCUGUCUUCAAAGACGUUGCCCAGGGGGAUGCCCAGAUGUGUUACCAUCCUGCUGGGAGGCUUCUCUCAUGUCCAUGCAAACCAGAGCUGACAGAUGGGAGCUCACCCGACUUGAGAACAUACUGCAAGACGCUUCUGGUGUGAGAGAAUGUGUUGCCAUCCUGCAAGGGCCUUCUCUCAAGGCCCCUCAUGAGCUAGUGCUAACAGACGGGAGCUCACCCCGUCUCAUGGAUCGCCAACCUUCAAGUCAGCAGUUCAGCAGGCACAAGGGUUUAACUCAUUGCGCCACACUAGAAUAAAGUGAGGUUGGUGAAAGGACACAUAUUUCAGGGCAAGGGUCUCCAGAUGCUGCUAAAGAGGUUGGUUUACUCUGGAGCCAGGAAUACAGACUCAAAGGUGUUGGAGAAAGGUCUCCAGCUCUAUGACUGAAAGAUUGGGAGGCAAGGUAAACUAUACUAAGGACCAGCCUACGGUUUGGACUUCAACUCCCAGCAUCCUUCACAAUUGGGGCUGGGGAUUCUGGGCCCUGAAACCCAAACCUUCAGAACCACCUGUCCAUCCUGGAACAGCUCUUUAAGGGAUAGAAGGCCAUUUUCCUCCCUCGUUUGGCUACAUUUCUCAAAAAGCUGGUCUCUGGAGUGCCUUUUACUGCGGAUGGCUCUGAAGACAAGGCAGGUUCAACUUCUAAAUCAGCUCAUCACCACCUCAUCCUCUUUUAUAACUGUUAAAAAAAAACUUACGUUUCUAAAAUGGGCAAGGGAAGCUGGUUUUGACUACUUUUACAUGCUAGUUUUUCAGUUUAAAAAAAACCUGGGAAGACUUUUAACUUAUGUCCAAGUUGUCCUGUGUUUUAAUGUCACUGUGUAGAAGAAGACUCUUAACCCCUUUUUCCAUGAAACCGUCACUGUAGCGGCUGUAUUUUAGAGACUGUAACCCUGAUCAUGUGUGUGUGUCUUUUUCUCUCUCUCUCUCUUAAAUGCUAAUGCUGAAAGGUUGUAAACUUUUUUUCUGAUGCAGUUUGUAGCCAUCAUGGGUCUAACAUUUCAGAUGUGUAUAUUGGUAAAUAGGUCAAGUUUGGAAAGUCUGAGCUACAAUAAAUUUCUGGUUCUAAAAAAAAAAGAAA